AUUGCAUAAAAAAUGGGAAGAAAGAGGGGUUGGGGAGGGGGAUUCUGCUUUUUCUCUCUGGUUAUUGGGACGGGAGGAGCGCGGCUGGACGGAUCCGGCGCCGUCCCGUCCUGGUGCGCAAUGGGGAGCGGGCGAAGGGGCCGCGCGGGGGGAUCGGUCCCGCCGAGCGUCGCCGCGUCCCGGCGAACGUGCCAAGGAAAACAUCGGCAACCCGAUCCCUUCCCCGCCGCCACGGGGGCCCCUGGUUAUCCUGGAGGAGAAGCCGGAGAAAUUGGGGGGCCCCCGAGCUGCGCCGAGAGCCCGUUCCCCGCUCCUCAGCUAUUCCUGAGCCAAGAACCGAUGUCCCGAGGUGACACCGGCCUCCCCAUGGCGCUGGUGCUGGGGGCCGUGCUGCUGGUGACAGGUGCCACCGCGGUGUCCCCCGCGCUGCCGGCCCCCCGCGACCUGGCGCGUUCGGUGCUGGAGACCCACGGGCAGGAGCUGCGGCUGCUCAAGGUGCUGGGAGUCGCCAGGACGACGUUCGACUGGGGGACCCAUUUCAGCAUCAACUUCACCGCCCGCCAACCCGCCUGCCCCAAAAACGUCCCCGAGCGCCGCGGCGGCGGCUGCCAAGCCCGGCCGGGCAGGGCGCAGCGCUGCACAGCCCAGGUCUCUGUCUUCGCCUUCCUGCCCGACGUGCCGCUGUCAAUGGUGGAGUGUGGCCAGGAGCCGCAGCCUGGUGGCAGCACCCAACCCCGCACCCCCGGCACCCCCGGAGCCGCCGGCACCAGCGCGGGUCACCCCUCAUCAUCAUCAUCAUCCUCACCACGGCCACCCCCGCGCCCCCGGCCCCCCAACAGUGUGUCCCUGCUGGGGACAUCCCGCCGCCCCCUGUCCCCAGCGGCGCUGGAAUAAAGAAAUGUCGGGGUCGGAUGUGUGUGUGUGGGGGUGACAUCCCGGCAUUGGGCAACAGGGAUGGGGCAAGCGCGAGGUUUGGC